AUGGCCUCGUAUCAGGGAAAGGCUGAGAUAGUUCAAAUGGAGAAAGACCAGGAGACAGCACCUUACACUGGUGAGAAGGUCGAAGAGGCUCAACAAGUGGAGGUAGAAGAUGCGCCAACAGUCGCCACUCGAUUGGACAAGCAUGGCCUCCCUCUUGUUCCUCAGCCGACACAACGCAAGGACGACCCUCUGAAUUGGUCACCAAUGCUCAAAUUGUUCGUUCUGCUGCAAGUCAGCUGGCUCUCUUUCCUAGGACCCAUGGCGGGAGCUAUCGUCAAUCCUGCGUUCGUCCCUUUGAGCAAGCAGUUCAACAUCACUGUGGUCGAAGCUUCCUACGAGCUCACAGUAUAUAUUGUCUUUGCAGGUAUAGGACCGUUACUCACUGUGCCGCUGUCCAACGUGUACGGUCGACGGCCCAUCUACAUUUGCGGAAACCUCCUUGCGGCUGUGACAAACAUUGCUGCCGGGUACUGCAACACAUGGUCGGGUAUAAUUGCGACACGCGUGUUCAAUGGGAUCGGCGCUGGUUCUCCUACCGCCAUAGGUGCAGCCACGAUCUGCGACAUGUACUUUCUUCAUGAGCGCGGAUUUUACAUGGGUAUUUUCACAUUCUUCCUCACCAAUGGGCCACAUGCGGCUUCGUUAUUUGGUGGUUUCAUUGCUCAGAAUCUCGGCUGGAGAUGGGCUUUCCUGAUCCCCGGGUACAUCCAGCUGGGCACGAUGGUGUUUACACUUUUUUGCCUACCAGAAACACUAUUCUUCCGCCGGACUAUUACUGGCCGUCGAGAGCGCGCUUUCCGAGAUUUACUUCUGUUCAGACAAUCCGGAUCGCAAGAGCGCAAACUCCGAGCUAUCGACUUCCUGAGACCUUUUUACAUGUUAAAAUACCUUUCUAUCGUCAUCCCAGGCCUUUAUUACAUGACAGCGUUUGGCUUCGGUUGGUUAUGUUUGCCGCAACAGACUGGGAUGCUGCUCAGUAUACCAUUACUCAUCGGAUGCCUCCUCGGUGAAAUGAGUGCAGGAUGGCUUACGGACUGGAUGGUAUAUCGAUAUGCCAAGUCGCAUGGAGGCAGACGAGAACCAGAGCCACGCAUUAACGCUGUGGUCCUAGCCAUUUUAUGUCCUAUCGGAAUUAUCAUCGAUGGUGUCUGUCUGUCACACUACAAGACAGUGUCAUGGGUAGGAGCCGCAUUUGGCAUGGGCAUCGCGAACUUUGGCCUGCAGAUUGCUACGACCGUCACCUACUCGUACUGUACUGAUUGCUACAAACCUCAAAGCUCCGAGAUAUCAAGCAUUCUCAAUGUCUUCCGAAACGUCUUUUCGAUGACGAUUUCCUUUUAUGCGAUUCCAUUCGGUGACAAGAUUGGAUAUCAAUAUGCGUGGCUUACGUUCGCUCUGCUGAAUGUCAUCUUUCUGGUUCCAAUGAUCAUGCUUCGAUUCUAUGGGAUCCGUUGGAGGAACAGUUCCUGGCAGAAGCCUCCGACUUUCCAUAACGAUAUCUAG